AGUGUCGACGCUGACAUCACUGCCGACGUGUUCGGUUAGUGACAGGAACACAGAAGCAAGAAGAGACAGGGCUGGAGUUUUCCCUAUUAAAAAGCGAUCUAGGAAGUUCGGUGGUUCUGCUAUAUUUGCAGCACAAUGUUGCCGACCACCACCUACUCGCCCCUACACCAGGACAACGGCAGUCGGGACGCCCGGGACGCCGCGCGCCACACGGCGGGCGCUAAGCGCUAUAAGUACCUGCGGCGUCUGUUCCGCUUCCGGCAGAUGGAUUUCGAGUUCGCCGGCUGGCAGAUGCUCUACCUGUUCACCUCCCCACAGAGGGUCUACCGAAACUUCCACUACAGGAAACAGACCAAGGACCAGUGGGCCCGCGACGACCCCGCCUUCCUGGUUCUUCUCAGCAUAUGGCUGUGCGUGUCCACCGUGGGCUUCGGCUUCGUGCUGGACAUGGGCUUCCUGGAGACGCUGAAGCUGCUGCUCUGGGUGGUGUUCAUCGACUGCGUCGGCGUGGGGCUGCUCAUCUCCACCCUCAUGUGGGUGGUAACGAAUAAAUACCUGAUGAAGCACCCGACUAAGGACUACGAUGUGGAGUGGGGCUACGCCUUUGAUGUGCACCUCAACGCCUUCUACCCCCUGCUGGUCAUCCUGCACUUCCUGCAGCUCUUCUUCAUCAACCACAUAGUGGCCAUAAACUCUGACUGGUUCCUGGGGUACUUUGUGGGGAACACAAUAUGGCUGAUAGCCAUCGGCUACUACGUCUACAUCACCUUCCUGGGCUACAAUGCACUGCCCUUCCUGAAGAACACAGUGGUGCUCCUGUACCCGUUCGCCCUGCUGGCUCUGCUCUACGUCCUCUCGCUCUGCCUGGGCUGGAAUUUCACACGCGGCCUUUGCUGGUUCUACAAGUAUCGCGUGCAGUAGAGGACUGGACCGGACCGGACACCGCGUGCAGUAGAGGGACCGUCGCCCACGGACCGGACCGGACCGGACCGGACCCUUCCGCAGAACUCUGGCGCUGAGGUCCGCUGGACCGUGCCUGCUGUGUGUUUUUGGAGAGCUGGGGUUGGUUUGUUGUUUUUUGUUUUUCCCUUUCCCUUUUGUACAUACAUGCUUGUACAUAACAGUCUCACUGUAGAUAUCAAAGCUUUGGAUUGCUCGAAAGGUGUAUUGAUUGAAAUCUCCUCCCCCCGCCCCCCUUUUGGUUUUUCAUGUUUUUUGAUAUGAGCGAGGCUCGGAAUUCCUGCGUUUGAGAGGGAGGGGUAAGGACUGGGGGGGGGGGGGCUGAGGUGGAGGUGUCUUGGCGCAGUGCAGGAGAUCCUCUCUCUCUCUGUGUACAUUCCUGAUUCCGUCAGAGCACCUUCAAUAAAGAGCCUUUUAUUUUACCGGACCGCCCCAGAGGUGACUGCACUUGGGGGGGGGGGGGGGAUUUUAAAAUGAUAGCUCUGACAGGUUGGCAGUUGCGUGCGAUUAUGUGAUCUGUGGAAGAUGACUUUCGUAUUGUUGCAGUAUCUGUGAAACUACACUGAUGUUACAGGAUCUUCAACAGACCAGUGUGAGUACCAGGUCUGUGAAAUCCAAAAUGAGCUUUUUAUAGGACCUGUGAAGGACAGGGGAACACAGUUCCUGAUUGAGAGAACCUGUGACACAGUACCUGUGAUGUAAAUCAUCUCUCUUAAGUUUUACGUUUUCCUGUGUUUUAACCCCAAAACCUUUUUUUUUUGUUGCUCCUGAUGCCUGAAAUCUGUUCUAAGCCCUUGGGUUGUUGUCAUACACAUAUGAACCACUAGGGGUCACUAAGAGCUUAACACUGCAGACUCCUAGCAAGGGAGCCACCUAACUUGCUUGACGCGAGAGUAAAAAAAGAAGACUUAGAUUGUCAGCUGAACACCUCUGUUAUUGGAUGGUCCGCGUGGGGGGUGUGCAGGGGUGGAAAGUGAUGCAAAACUCACUAAAAUUGCAAAUUAAAAUGACAGGUUUUUACAAGGGCAGUAAAACCUGUGCUCACUGUAGUUUAAGCACAGAGCCCAACAGACAUGCAUCAUUUUUACUUUAAAAAAAAAUGCCGUGCUUACAUACGAAAUGCAAAACUUAAAUUUCCAUCUGACGUUAGAACAGUGUUCAAAUGUUUGUGAUCAUGCCUGGGUCCAACCAAUCAUGACACAGCAGCACAAAAAAAAGUCAAAAGUGGUUUCAGAACCUGUCUGGCAGUUUGUUAAAAUGAAGCUGGCAUUGGAAAAAGAAAUCAGGGGUCAUGAUCAAGGCUGCGAUGGAGAUAGAAAGAUGUACCGUUGUAUGUAGGAGGAGCCUCGCACUGAAGCAGCUCGAGGCAUCGUCCAAUCAGACACAAGCUCUGGACAGGACACUGUGGAGGAAUGAGAACCCUAGAACACAUCCAUCGCUGUACUGGAGCUGAUAACGUCUGUGGCAGGGAUCAGCAACUCACAGUCCUCGAGGGCUGGGAAUUGCUGGUUUUCCACCCUCCCAUUGCCUGGGAGUCAGGUGUGAAGACAGUCUGGCCAAUCAGUGGCACUAAUUACCCCGGGAGAAACGAAAACCAGGGCUUGGAUUUGGAUUCGUGGGCCAGAGUUGAUGAUCCCUGGUCUAUGGGGAGUGACUGCAGUCAGCCGAACAGCAUGUAGGCCUCAGUGCAGGACGGCAGCACUGGGGUGAAUACACGGUGAAUAAAGCCGUCUUGCAUGUGCACGUGUACAGUCAGUAAAGCAUGUCGAGUGUGUUGCCAGAGAAGCCCGUUUCUGCAGUAAUGCGCACACCGACCGUCUCAGACUCCGAGCUCAAAACGAAGCAAGUCACACGCUCGGCAAACCUCUGCGCUGUGGAUACAAACCUGAUCGGUCAGCUGCUGUGCCAGGGCAGCGACCUGCCGCCACUUCGGCGAGCAGAGCCGUGGCCUCAGCGCCCUCUGCUGGAGCCGUAGAGUACUGCAAGUUUACUGAACUUUCCCUAAUUCCAGGGCACAGCUCUCCUGCAACCAGACGCUUUGCAAAUGAGGACAUUGGGAUGCAGAGCUGUAAAAGAAAAUCUGUGGUAGAAUGCAGCCAAGGCAAAGCACUAAAUGAUCGCUGUCAUGCGUAUGUCGUUCGUUACACUGCAAUGUUUACUUACUGUAAUAUGUAAUAAUACAAUCAGUAAGUAAUUUUUGUGCAUACAUAAAUGAGAAAAUUACUCAUACUUUACUGAAGUAUGUUUUGAUUGAGAAGAUUUUGAUCGACAUUACUGUGUUUGCUGACAAAUUUUUCUGUAUUUGUAGGAAAUAAUCCUCAAUUAAAUCAUCUAAUGUUUCA